AUGGGUGCUUAUAAGUUUAUGCAAGAGCUGUAUCGACGUAAGCAGUCCGAUGUUAUGCGCUACAUUCAGCGCAUGAGGUGUUGGGAAUAUCGUCAAACCCAUGCUAUCGUCCGAGUAACACGGCCAUCCCGUCCUGAUAAGGCGAGAAGAGUUGGCUACAAAGCUAAACAAGGAUACGUUAUUUAUCGUAUUCGCAUUCGUCGAGGUGGCAGGAAACGUCAGGUUCCGAAGGGAGCAACUUACGGCAAACCAACGAAUCAUGGUGUGAAUCAACUAAAAAAUCAGCGUUCAAUCCAAGCAGUUGCUGAGGAACGUGUUGGUCGUAAAUGUGGUUCCCUUCGAGUCCUGAAUUCCUAUUGGGUUGGCGAGGACAGCACAUUUAAGUUCUACGAAGUUAUCUGCAUAGAUCCAGCUCACAAAGCCAUCAGACGAGAUCCCAGCAUUCGAUGGAUAUGCAAAGCUCAUCAGAAACACAGAGAGAUGCGUGGUCUCACUUCAGCUGGCUACAAGUCCAGAGGACUUGGCAAGGGACAUAAAUUCCAUAAGACAAUUGGUGGUUCUAGACGCGCAGCUUGGAAACGUCUCAAUACUGUUGAAAUGAGAAGAAAACGCUAA